AGGACCGGGUCGAGUUCGGUUCUUCUGAACCGGAUUGGUUAAAACCGAUUUUAUCACGUGGCAUGUUUAGUUGUCUCCUAUUCGCUUGCAAUAACUAGUAUAAGUGGAAAUGAUGAAAAAAUGCUUUUGUGGUCACGUGACGUUGGAGCGCCAUGUUGGUACAGGAGGAUGUGUGGUUGUGUCAGAAUUAUUUAAAAAUGAAUUCGCCGGUAUACUGUAAUAUGUACUAUUCUUUUUCAUUGUAGUACUAAUGUGACAAGAAGUACACUUAAGCUCACAGAAGUUAACCAUGAGCUGCAAGGAAUCGGAGGAAAAGUUGUCCGAACCACAAGUUAUCAAAAUAGAUACUGUGGGAGAGAAAACUGUUAUUAGUGGCAAACCAUGCAUUGAUUUUCAGCCUGAUGACCGAUGGCAAAUAAAGGAAGAUGACAAAGAGGAUGAAAAAGUAUUACCAAAUUCUAAAAUAAAGAGCAUAAAAAACAAUUCUAGUGAACGUAGAUCUCUAAGGCUCCGCAGCUCUAAAUCAACUGACUCUUCUUCAGCUGUGAAUGGUGAGACGGUUGAAUCUGGUUCAGAUGAUGAAAUACGUGAUCAAAAUGGCAGUAAGCAAGAAGAAAAUAGUAAUGAUGCUGUAGGAGUAGACAAAUUAGAAAAUCUGCAUAGCAGGGGGAAAAGAAAAAGACGAAGUUUAGAAUCUUCAACUGAGAACUCAAAAGAUGUAACUCAGAAAAAAAUGAAAGUAAGUGACACUGAUAAUUUUAUUGAAAAUGAAAAGCAUAGUAUUGAAGUUAAGAGUGAACAAGAUCAAAAGGAAAACACUGAUGAUUCUAAUGAUAAAGUGGUAAUGCCAAAUCUUACUCCAGUGGCAGCAAAUUGUGAGUCAUCUAAUGCAAUUGAUAAUGAUAUAGAUUCACAGAGCAGCGAGACUAAUGUUGCAUUGGAUGAAUCUAAAAAAGAUGCUAAUUUAUCUUCAAAAGAAGUGGAACAAGCACAAACAAAUGAAAUUCUGCCUAAACUUGAAGAAUUUAAGAUCACAGAAACAAAUGAUAAAGGGAAAAAACAGUUAAAGGAUAAAGAAAGUCCUGAUGUUAUACAGGAGUCAGAAAUUGAAAUAAUAAACAUUGAUGAAGGUAAAAAAUCUGAUAACUCUGAUGAAAGUGAUUCUGAAAUUCAAAUAAUAAAUUUAGAUGAUAAUGUAAAAAAAGAAAAGGAAGAUUUAUUAAUAGUCAAUCAUGCUACUAAUGAAGAUGUUAGUCUGACUGCUGGUUAUCCAUAUUAUAAUUCAUUGAAAGAAAAAAUAAGCGGGUUUAAAGCUGGAGAGUACAAGCCUGUAAAAUUUCCCCAUACAGGCACCUUACUCUUAGCUGAAAAUGAAGUGAUCAUUGAAAGUCCCUCUUUGCUUGUUCCAUUACUUAUCAAGGAAGCUGAUGAAUUUCCUAAACUUGAAGGUGAAGAUAAGAAAGCUACUGGUGAAGAAUCUGCUAUGAUGAGACCAAAUGUAAUUUCAAAAAGAAACUUUUUUCAAAGCUCUGUUGGCCAGUUCCUGAUUAAUAUGGGAAUGAGUAGAGUACAAGAGUGGUAUCAUCGAGAUAUGAAACGUGCAAAGUUAAAACAGCUAAAAGCUAGUACUGAGCAAGAUGAAGAAUUAGAAAAAUUAGUUGAAGAGCAUGAGAAACGACAUGCAGAGUUGAAAGAGAUUAAUGCUGUGUUUAAUUUCAGAAUGCGCAAGUGCAAAUUUUGCAAUUUUAAAUCAGAGUCGCAGGCAGUAAUGGAAGGCCAUUAUUUAACACCUCAUUUGAGUCCCAGAAGAGAGUAUAGAUGCAGCUUUUGUGCAUUCAUGACAAGGGAUCCUGAAGCAAUUAUAUUCCAUUUUGAAGCGAUGCAUGGGAAAAAAGCUGUCCUUGAUGUAAACAUACCAUUCCAUGAGUGCAUUUUUUGUUCCUUUCAGAGUCAUUUAAAAACCAAAGUUAAUGCUCACAUGAAUCGUUGUCGAAAACAUUUUAUUCCCUCUCAGAAUUUGGCUCCACCAUUUGAUUUUGAAUUUCCCGGUGUUACUACGAAACCAGUAACGAUAGCAGAUGUAAUAGGCCAUAGGAGAUUACUUUUAAGUUCUUCAAAAAAUCAACGAUUGUCAGUACCAGAAGACAGUAGUGCCUAUGCUAGGAAGAAGCUUCAGUCUGUCCUAAGCAAAUUAUCAGGUCAAAAUGCCUAUACAGAUAUGAAAAACCCCAGCCUAAUGAAGCAGUUAAUGACAUCUCAAUCUCAGAUGCCUGCUUUAUCUGGAUCUGGUAUUCAACUACCUCCUGGUAUAGUUAUUACACGACCUAGGGGACCUCAGAUGCCUCAAAUGCGGCCAGUUAAUAGGUAUCCUCAACCAAGAGCAAUGGCCAAUCUUCGAGGUCCACCCCCAAGACGUGGGCCACCAUAUACUACUAAUAUUUCAUCUACUGCUUCACAACUUGCCUCAUCUGGUAUUUCUAUUACACCUGUCACAAGAGCUGGUGCUCUUCCCUCCAGAAAUAACUCGAUGCCAGGGAUGAAAAAUGUAACUCUUACACCAAUAAGCACUGCUUCUAAUCGAACAGUAUCCCAAAAACCAGGUCCACCUCAGCCAGUGGCAUUGUUCACAAACAUGGCAGGGUCAGGUGGUAUGAUGGGUCAACCACAAGCUCGUUUACCUUCUGUUGGUGUCAAUUUGAGACCCCUGAGGCCAGCUCUACCAUAUCAACGUCUGAAUACUCCUCCAUCUCAGGUGGUGAAAGGUAGCUCUGGGAAUACUUUCGUUAUGUGUGAAAUUUGUGAUUCUUAUAUCAAGGACUUAGAAGAAUUACGUUCACACAUGAAUUGGGUACAUAAAGUUAAGAUUCAUCCAAAAAUGCUCGUUAGUCGACCUCCUUUGAAUUGCCAAAAGUGCCAGUGGCGGUUCUUCACUGAUCAGGGACUUGAAAGACAUUUACUUGGAGCACAUGGAUUGGUCACUACAAAUAUGCAAGAAAUGGCUAAUAAAAAUCAAGAUGGAGGACGGUGUAUUAUAUGUGGUGCAGUAUUUACUUACAAACUCGUAUCUCACAUGACUCAGGUCCAUAAAGUAACUCUCAAGCCUGCUCAUCUUUCUUACAAAUGUACUGUUUGUACUGCCACCUUUACAUUAUAUAGGCUAUUUGAGAGUCAUGUGUAUAAUGUUCAUAGUGGAUCAGCAAAACGCCCUGCUGAAGAUUCAUCAUCAUCACCAUCAUCAUCUGAACCUUCAGCAAAGAAAAGUGUUCCUGAUGAUACGGGUCCAAGGAAGUGUAAAGAGUGUGGUUUUGUCACAGAAACUAUGCAAGAACAUCUUAUAAAAAUGCAUAUGAAAUCAUGUUCUGUAAAAUUAUGCCGCAUCGAAAAAUGUGAAAAAUGUUUAUAUUCUUCUGAUGAGAUGCUAGUAAUUAGAAUGUCUGACUUUGGAUUAGAUGAUGAUUUAGAUGACAGUGGUGAUGAUUCAUCUAGUGAAUCCUCUGAAGAUGAUGGUGAUGAUGAUAGUAAUGAGCAGAAAGUAGCAACUGACACAGAGGAUGUGCAGGAAGGCCAAGCUAAUGAAGAAACAUCGAUCACCACAGAUUCAGUAUCAGUGCAAAAAGGAAAAAAAGGGGAUACUGAAAUAAAAUCUGAGGUUGUAGAGAACAACCAUGAUGGUGUUAAAAACAGUGAGGCCACAUCACACAUGAAAGAUGAAGAAACAGCUGUUUGUGAUUAGAUUUUAUAACAUGCUCAUGGAAAUGUACAUAAUGUAAUGCUAGGUAAAUUUACAGAGUAACAUGAAUAUGGCCAAGUAUUCAUGUUGGUGAAAAUUAGCACCAUGAAAGAAAUGUGAUCUUCAACAUUUGCCUGUCACUACCUAGUUGGUCUGUGGAUUUUGCAUAAAUCAUAUGCACAAUCAGAUCUCAUUAGAUGCAAAUAAUUUUGCUACCAGUGAGUGAACGUCACAAAUACUUUUGAAUAUUUAAUAUUUAGAACUGUAUACAAGGACUAUGUUUCAUUCAACAAGUUUUGAAAUUGGUGCAGUGUGAAUUCCAGUUUGAUCCUUCCUAACCUGUAUAUACCUCAUUAGAUGGUUGACUUGGUAAAUGGAUUUUCGGAUGUUGGUAAAACUUAUUAUUUUGAACUUGUUGCUUCUAUUUAUGUAUUUAGUUUUAAAAUACAAAAUGCAACUGUAACUCAUUUCAGGUGUGUAAAUGUGCCUUUAUUCUCAACCUAAAUUUUAACAAUCUGACAACUGCAUGGCAGUUAAUGUUUACCGUUAUUGUGAAGUUGAAAAUUUGAGUACUGCUUGUCAAAUAUGUUGAUAGAAUUUUCAGCAUGGUAUGUCCUUAGGAAUAUUUAUAAAUGAAAUUAUUCAUUUUUGUGUUACUUAUUUAUUUUGAAAUUUUGUAUGGAAAAUUAUGCUCUGGGAACAAAAUAUGUGCUUGUAGCAUUUAAAUGCAAUUAUUGUUUAUAAAGAAGUUAUUUAAAGUGUUAAUUUAUUCAAAAAAUCUGAGAAAUUGGUUCCAGAGUGAUAUAAGACAAUAUUUGUACAAAGGUAAAUUUAUUGUAUUUUGUGUGCUAUUGUCAGUUCAAACAACUGUGUGCUUUUGUAGACUUUUUAAGAUAUGAUCUAGAGAUUGUCUAAAUUUUGCUAUUGCUUUGAAAAUUUUCAGCAUGCAAAUCAGUACUUGAUAUUAUUUCAAAUUCUGCUUGAAAUGUAAUUCCAAUGCAGCUUGAACAAUAUCAGUAUUCUUAAUUAAAUCAUCAGAAAUCUUUAGUGAAGUUUUAUGAUUUGUUAAUGUAUUUUAUAAUCAUUUUUCCAUUUUACAUAUAUUUCACAUUUGGGUAUGCUUUUUUUCCAUUCUGAAUUUUCUCCAAAAGGAGGUAUUAUUUAUCUUGUCAAAUGCUUCAUAGGCAAAUUGAAUGUAAAAUUUUAUAUUUAAAAAACAAGACUGUAAGCCUUAUUAUUUUUAUUCAUUAUUAAAUGCAAAAUAAGCUGUGAUACACAUAUAGAGAUUUAAAAUACUUUGGGAAAAUAGCUAAAAUAUGUUUGUAAUAGUGUCGUCACAUAUCACAUACUUAACUUCUUUGACAGUUUAACUGUCUUGAAAUUGUAUGGAUAGCUUGUGGAAAAGACCAAAAAAUAUGCUGAGGUUAAAUAUAGCUUCAACAUAAUAUUCACUCGGGGCAGCUUUGAGAUCAUCUGUCUGAACAGAAAAUUUAAUACUUAAUUUAUAUUUUUAUUCAAAUUUUUUUUAGCAUGUUCUUGUAAGACUCAUAAAACUUGUUUUCUGGAUUAAAGGAAUUUUUACACACAUGAAAAUUUACACAUUGCUUUCUGAUUCAGAUGUCAGAUAAAAACAGGUUUUGUGUAUUGAGCCAGAAAAAAAUUGCUAUUUUCAUUAAAAUGUUUUUAUUGGCCUUUUUUAACAAAGUUUUGGAAGUAUCAGAAUUAAGUAAACCCAGAUUCUAAUGUAAGUUUCAAAAAUAUUGUCUUUAAUAAAUUUUCUGUUAAAAGAAUGUGA